GUUAUAUCUUGCUUCAAAUUUAAAAAGGUAAAAAAUUACUUCAUUCCAUACAUACAUUAUACAUACAUUUCUAUGCUAACUCAGAAAUUCUAAAUCUUGUCUUCUUAUAAAUGGUUGACGUUAAUGAUGAUCAUCCUAAUUUUGAUAACGACUCGACGUGGCCUAGGCGAUUGCUUCACGUCCCGUCAAUGACUUCAUGCAAAUGGGCCCCCGGCAACAGCUACGGUGGUAAACAAAAUCCUUCAUACAUCGCAGUGUCUUAUACUUGGGGUAGAUUCCAACUCAGAAGCCCUGAUGAAAAACCACAGGUGGGCGCUUUGCCCAUCCGAGGCGUUCCUUGGACCAUACCACGGGUAGAUCCGGAUGUUCAUUUCACGGUCGACGAGUUUCAGCAUAUAAUCUAUGAAAUGAUGAAGACUGCGGAGCGACACUACGAAUUUGACCACAUGAAGAGUCCAAGAGCUUUACAAAAGACCCCUGCCAGCUGGUUGGUGAGGCCACUACUGAGAUGGCUAGAAAAGCAUAGAAUGAUAUAUGAGUUUCUUUGGCUCGACAUCGCUUGUAUAGACCAGCGCGCGGGUCCAAUCCAGAUGGCUGAGAUUGGAAGACAGGCUCGCAUCUUCCAGAACGCUAAAUAUUCAUACGUCUGGUUGAGCCAUCUUUCCCACCAUAAGAUCGGGUCCCUUCUUGAUGAUUUAAGUCGUGCCAUCACCGGAUUGCAAGCAGAACCAUUCCAUUCCGAACUCCGCUAUGAUGCGGACGACUGGAUCGUAUUAGCAACCCAAGCCAUUCGUAGUUUUACCGAUGACCCAUGGUUCAAAUCACUCUGGACUUUGCAAGAGGGGUAUUUGUGCAAUCAUUCAAUCAUUCUCUCACGAGAAGGACGAGUGUCGUGUGAUCUAAGUAAGAUCGUAGUUAGAACCUUUUCACUCAAUUAUCUUUUCCAGCUCACAUAUCAUAUUAUCUCAUGGUCUGAACGCACUACAACCCCCAGCGACGAUCCUAAGUUAUCCCAAUUGAUGGACCUGGUGCACAGAACAGGACUGGCGGCCCUGUUUUGCAACAAUCCCAUGGGACUCCUCGGGGUCUCAUACAACCGGAACCCAACUAACGAGCUUGACCGCGUUUACGGCAUUAUGCAAACGCUAGGAACCAACUUCCGCGUUGGCACCAAUUCAAGCCACAGAUAUACACUUAGCGAACUAGAAGACGAAUUCGGGGACUCUAUUCUCCGGACCUAUCCCGUCCUUAGUCAAAUGCAUGUUCAUAUCCAAGCACCCGCCAUCGGUGCAGGAUGGCGGGUGCAGGGAAACUCCAGAAUACCGUGGAUGGUGGAACGGGGAGAUAUGUUCGGAUGGAACGAUGGAAACCGAGUUGAUGUUAAUAUCGAGAUAUCUCCUCGUGCUCUAUGCAAUUUAUCAACUAAGAAGAUCGGGGAUACUCUGUGGGCUCAAAUCUCGGGGAAAGCAUGCUCUUUUGAAGCUUUACGAAGAGGCUGGUGGGAUGCUGAUAAUUCAGAGCAUGCCAAGAAAAUCAAACAAUCACUAUGGAGGAUGCACGGCUGUACAGAUCAACCGAUUCACAUGAUCUCACUGGAUCGUGGGACGUAUCUAGAUCCGCAGCCGCCUGGCCUUGACACUUUGAAUGUGGAAUCAUCGCAUCAGUUAGCAGCUUGGAUGACUGAACAAUCCCGCCUGCAUCGUCUUGUAGUAUUUUUACUAGGUCAGUGUAGCUUCAAUGGGGAGGUAUUUUGUAGCGGUGUGAUAUUAUUUGAACGAGAAGAGCAAAAUAUCAGACAUUGGUGUCGGGUUGGGAUUUGCAUAUGGCUUUAUUCCCACAUGCGGGAAGAAGAUAACGUGCAUCCUCUCUGGUCGUUACUGAAAGGCGACAGUGAUGAUUGGUACUCUCUGGAAGGCCUCUAUGGUUAGAGAACGAUGAAUAAUGACCUUCAACUUCCACUUAGUAAAGUGCGCUUCUAACUUAAUUCUAUCAUCAUAUUCAUCAUAUCAUCCCAGGAUAUUCGUGGCCAUCUACUUUAAUUACCUAUCUUCCC